AUGCCUCCCAAAACCAAGACUGUGGCCCCAAAGAUCAACAAUAACAUACUUGUUUGGAAUGCGCUUGCCAAACAGAUCAAUGUAACGGAUACAAUCUUAGGCAAGGUCAAUAUCGGACGUCUAAGGGACGACCUGGGAGUUGGCACAGCCAAUGCGGCGAACACUUCCGAUAGUCCACACAGCAUCGAGCCAACUGCAAAGGAGAAAAAGGCCGGAUCACCAUUGAAAAAGCAGACGAGAGAGAGCAGCAUGUUCGGGCCACCAAAGAGAGGAGCAACAAAGAAAGUGGCUUUUGGUAAGAGAAAGAAGAUGCAGGAUGCGAACCUGACUGACGAGGGACAGAAAGUUCAAGUGUCUUCGAAAAAACCAGCGAGAAUACAUCCGAAGAUGAACUCGAAGAAGAUUAUUGAGAUCGAGAAGCAGUGGACUGAAAACGGCAAAACGGAAGGGGAAGAGUUAAAUGGUCAUGGAGACUACGAUGGAUACGGGUGGGAAUUUGAGGAACAUAAAUCACAGUCAUGUUGA